CUCCUUCCGCAUGGACGAACCCCAACUCGGCCGGGUCGACUCACUCGACCUCGCCUCCACCAGCUCCUCCGGCCUCUCCUCCAUCCUCACCUCCGACGACUCCAGAAGCACCACCAGCAGCUCCGGCGAGUUCUCGAGAACCACCGCCGGAAGCUCCGGCGAGAUUCCGGCGCUUCUGGCGGUGCCGGAGGCUAGGCCGAAGUGCGUGGGGAGGAACAAUAAGGGAGUGACGUGGGGGUCCACUGCGGUGAUUGGGAGGCGGAAGGAGAUGGAGGACGCCGUGGCCGUUAUUCCCGGGUUUAUGGCUUGCACGUGCGAUCACGUGGGGGGAUGUACCGCUCCCGGUUCGAGAACCUCCUCCGAGAUCUCCCCCGUCCAUUUCUUCGGUGUCUACGACGGCCACGGCGGCAGUCAGGUGGCUAAAUUUUGUGCUGAGCGAAUGCAUGAAGUCAUAGCACAAGAGUGGGAUAAGGAGAUGGUUGAUGGCUGUGAAUGGCAAAGGAGGUGGGAGACUACUUUCCUAGUUGGGUUCGAGAGGGCUGAUAGUGAGGUCCUGACAGAGGCAGAUGCGCCUGAGAUGGUUGGAUCAACUGCAGUUGUAGUUGUCCUAUCUGGUUGCCAGAUUAUCACAUCCAACUGUGGUGACUCUAGGGCGAUUCUUUGCCGAGGGACAGAAACAAUCCCGUUAACUGUUGAUCAGAAGCCCGACAGAGAAGACGAACUCAUUAGAAUUGAAGGAGAGGGAGGGAGAGUCAUUAACUGGAAUGGGGCAAGGGUGUUCGGAGUUCUUGCCAUGUCAAGAGCUAUAGGUGAUCGGUAUCUAAGGCCUUGGAUAAUUCCAGUUCCUGAGAUUACAUUCACAGCGAGGACUGAUGAGGAUGAGUGUUUGAUCUUGGCAAGUGAUGGACUGUGGGAUGUAAUGACUAAUGAAGAGGUUGGGGAGGUGGCUAGACAUAUUUUAAGAAGGCGGCGAAGGUCCAUGUUUACAAAUACUGAGGAAAUUUCUGCAGCACAAGCUGUUGCUGAUCAUCUUACUGAAAUUGCAUACGGAAGAAAUAGUUCCGACAACAUCUCCAUCAUAGUUGUUGAUCUCAAAAUGAAAAGGAAACGUCAGCCAAGGCAAUGAAGGGGGAGUGGAGUGAUCCAUUUCUAUUCUCACACCUUCAGAAACUCAGAGGUGAGGCAGGAAGAUUUACUGCCAAAUGACUUGAUCAGAAUCAUUAGCCCGCCUUCAGCCUUCAGCUACCUUUAUCUGACCUGUACAGACUACAGAGCUGACUCGAUCAAUCUCUUCCAACUGUAACAACUGGAAACCAGCUUGUUACUUUGAAACACUAGAUCAAUCCUCAUUUUUAGUUGGCUUGGUCGAGAAAAGAGUAACAGAUCACAAAGUGAACAUUGAAUUAUUUGAUAAUAUUUGCUUCAGUAUGAAGUAAAGAGAAGAAAGAUGAUGGCAAGAGAUAUUUACUAGUUAGCUAUCUGCCUCUCUUUCUUUUUCUAACACUAUGAUCCAAAAUGCGACAUGGAAUGCAUAUAUCUGGUGGAGUAUUUCUGAAGUCAGUGCUUUCAACCGUGGUAGCUUCAGUAGCGUGUGUCAGUGUGUGC